GAAAACUCGUCUACUUCUGCUAACAUUUUUCCAUUCACAACUGACAAAGCUCUUGAGCCAUCGAAAACGAUUCAUCUUUUUAAACUGUGUCUAGAAAGCAUUUUGGAAGCACCAGAUCUUCAGGAAAUGAUCCAAGUAGUCAAGCGGGACUUAUAUAACAGAGAUUAUCUUGCUGCUUUUGGCAGUGAUGACAACAGGUUUGCCUAUGUUUCGCGAUGGACUCCAGCCAGAGCUCUUUCAUACUCUUCCCUAUUUUCUUCUUUGCACGAGUUUCAGAGUCUGUUGGAUGAUCCCGAAAAAGAGGUCAAGGCUCUUUGUAUAGGUGGAGGUGCUUCUUCCGAAUUGGUGGCUUUGGCAUCGGUCUUCUGUCGUUCCAAAGAGUACAAUUCCAAGUCUAAUUCCAGCUUGUCUAUAGACAUCAUUGAUAUAGCAGAUUGGUCUAAAGUCGUGCUGACAUUGACAACAUAUAUAAAGAAAAACUGGAUCUACAACCCUGACAAAUUCAGUACUAAUUUCAUAUUUGGUGAUGUUCUUGACCAGAAUGCAAACCAUGGAAUCAACUACAACCAAUUAGAUCUCAUCACUUUACUCUUUACAACCAAUGAGCUUUUUGCUGAGAAAAGGCCAGAGACCAUCAAGCUUCUUCAGCUUCUAAACAGACAGUGUAAACAAGGAAGUCUCCUCUUAAUAGCAGAAAGUGCUGGAUCCUACUCCAAUGUAAUGGUGGGCUCGAAGAAGUUCCCCGUUCAGUUCUUGGUGGACAUGAUUCUUGUAGGCAAACAAGGUGCCAAUGACGGAGACUGGGAAAUUGUGGAACAGAACGAAAGCUGCUGGUACAGAAUCAAUCAGAAGGAGGUAGAAUACCCUAUGAAGUUAGAGAAUAUGAGAUUCUUUUAUCGACUUUAUAGAAAGAAGUAG